GGGAGGAAGAGAGAAAAAAGGAACACAAGGCGCCCAAGCGGAAGCUUUAGUUGAUUUCGUUCUGUAUAAUCUUUCAAUCUUGCAUCUGCUGUCGGUAGAAAAACAACGAGAACCGCACUCCAAUCCCCCCCCCAAAAAAAACCUCUCAGCUUCUGUCUGGUAAGUGGAGGCGUCCUUCCUUAGCUGUGAGAUAAUGCAAGUCUGAGAAUUCGUUCCACUUUCCCAAUUUCCCGCGUGUGUGAUUUGUAACUCGGAUCACCAUUUUACUGCCCUUUACAUUUCCCCGCACUAUCACAUAAGCGACUAGUUCUACGGUUUCACUUUGCUGCAGACCCUGUGUCUGUAUAGUUACAGUAAAGGGGAGGGAGAGAGAGGAGAAAGUGUAGAGUCUGAAAAAAAAAUGCAAUUUCCUGGUUACUACCACUCCGUCCCCCAGUGGCAGCUCUCGACAAAUCACUGACUGGUGGUAUUAUGGACUCCAACUGCCAUAAGCAUUGCGUCGAAUUAUCGUCGCAGUCCGCUGCGGUGGAAUGUUUAUUUACAAAAGACACAGAACUACGAAAAACAGAAACAAACCCGGCAGCUGAAGCUGCAAACGGCAGAAAAGACAGCAAAUUCCUUAGGCAACACCUCGAUUCGAAUGAAAAAGACAAAAUUCAACAAAAUAAAAACGAUGACACGAAUACAGAGGACUCGUCAAAGAAAAAAAGACAACGGCGCCAGAGGACACAUUUCACCAGUCAACAGUUACAAGAACUGGAGGCAACUUUUCAAAGAAAUCGAUACCCAGAUAUGUCCACGAGGGAAGAGAUUGCAGUUUGGACCAAUUUAACUGAAGCUAGAGUUCGGGUCUGGUUUAAAAACCGCAGAGCCAAGUGGAGGAAACGGGAGCGCAACCAGCAAGCGGAGCUUUGUAAGAGUGGCUUUGGACCUCAAUUCAAUGGUCUGAUGCAGCCGUAUGAUGAUAUGUACCCGGGCUACACCUACAACAACUGGGCCGCCAAGGGCUUGACAUCGGCGUCACUUUCCACCAAAAGCUUCCCUUUCUUUAAUUCUAUGAACGUGAAUCCUUUGUCCUCUCAGACUAUGUUUUCCUCCCCCAAUUCCAUUUCAUCCAUGAGCAUGUCAUCCAGCAUGGUACCCUCUGCAGUGACCGGGGUACCAGGCUCUGGGCUAAACAGUCUCAAUAAUUUGAACAACUUAAGCAACCCGUCUCUGAACUCCGCCGUACCAGCAGCGACCUGCCCCUAUGCUCCGCCGACCCCACCAUACGUCUACAGAGACACUUGCAAUUCAAGCUUGGCCAGCCUUAGACUCAAAGCCAAGCAACAUUCAAGUUUUGGAUACGCCAGUGUUCAGAAUCCAGCAUCUAACUUGAGCGCCUGCCAAUAUGCUGUAGACAGGCCUGUGUGAGACAUAAAUGAACCUUCUCAGACUGCUGAACUCCAAGAAAUGAUUUAAAUAUAAUGGGCACUAUGAGAACCACUGACUAGCCAAAUCCCCCACCGAGCCGGCUUUCUAACUUAAGGGCAAGGCGCAAGUGUUAUUUCGCCCCUUGACUCCCCGUUUGAAAAUAUUUUUCAUCAGAUGGACGUUUGACCAUUAAAAGAAAUGCUCUCGAUUAGUUGACUGGAUAUUGCCUUUAUUAAUACCAUAUAAGCUUGUUAUUUUUAAGUUCGGCAUUGUGAUAAUAAAAGAAAUGUUUGGCGGAACGAAUGUGUAUAUAUCGAAAUGUCAAAUUAAUUUUAUAAAAGCAAUUGACAGUAAUAUCACGCCAGUGUUUUUGAAGUUACAUAACAAUAAAGCAUGUCACGUGGAAGCUUGAAGGAUUAUUUCCGCUUAAAAGCAAGGGAAUGUAUAUACUUAAGUGCAACACUUGUAUGUUUCUAACACUGUCUAUUAUUACUAAUUAUUAUUAUUAUUAUUAUUAUUAUUAAAAGUCUGUGUGGAUAUCAGUUUUAAAGCUAGUACCUCCGGUUGUAAGAUUCAGUGAUGUUCCGGGAAAGAAAAAAAAUCAUGUACAACCUAUCCUGUGUAUACAAUUGGCUACGGCAUUACAUGUUUCUUCUCCAAUUCGAAAAAUAGCGAAACGUUGUG